AUGCAACCUCAGGACAUCCGCCUCCGGCUGGUGAUCCGCCGCCACGGUCUCCCAGAGGUCAAGCUCCUGUGGCCAUGCUCCUGCUCCGAGGACCUCACCGUCGCGAGAGUUCUGGAGCAGGUCAACGAGGUUGUGCCUCUCGAGAGCGGCGAAUGGGGCCUUGAGGACUACGCCGUCGAGCUUGCUGAUGAAAAGGGCGAAACCUUUGAGUGUCUGCACUUUCAGCAAGUUGGUCGCAUUCUGAAGGACGAAGACCAAGUCCUCAUUCGAUCGCUCCUCACCGAAGACUUGAAACGACGGCGGCUCAGCGGACGGCAUCAAAUCUCUGACGAUGGAAGGCACUUGGUCGACGGCCUCCCGUUCGGCAGGGCUUGGCGGCGACCUCCCCACGACCGUCCUCACAUCGAAUUACCCCCACGGAAACGUAUUCGAGUCUCUUCUGGGGCUGAGGAUGACGAGGAAGAAGAACAGUCUCCGCUAGACCCGCGCCAGUUCCGAUAUAUGGUCCCCAAAAUUCCGCGCGUCAUCGACCUGAACCAGGACCAGUAUUACGACGACGAGGAUGAUGAGGAUGAAGACGACUAUGAAGAAUAUGACAAUGACUCGAGUUCAGUGUCCAACAGCCCUCCUUACGGAAUACCCCAUGUCAAAGAUAUAUUAAAAGACAUAGAUGAGUAUACCGACGAAGAGGAAGAUGAUGAGGAUCUGGAAAGGGAACUGCAAUUACUAAGGGAAGAAGCUGGCGCCGAUAUCAACAGCCUUCAAGCAGACAACUCCAACUCUUCUCAAUGCGAAGAGGGAGAUGAUGAAACCGACUACCAGCAUGACCCAAGAGACCUAGGCCUGGGUCGAUGCUUAGAUCCAUUGGAAAAAGUUCCAAGUCCGUUCGGCAGGGCAACUCCAUCUUCAGCUGCCCCAGCUGCGAAAAAUUACACCAACGUACCUGUGGAAAUCCUCAUAACUGUAUUCCAGACAGCAUUUCCCGAGUUAAACGCAGAUAUCAGAGAUAUUCUGAACCGAACGAACAAGGAUCUGAGAAAAGCGUUCUUAUCGCUCAGUAUGCUUUGCGAACCCCUUUGCACUUUUGAUCAAAUGAUGGACGACUCUUAUUUUCAUCUCGCUCCAUUCGCUCGUCGCGAUGCGAGUGGUAGCGUCGCCAAGCCGGUUGAGCAGGGCAAGUUGCCUCCAUUUGACACUCUCAAGGGGGUAACUAAAAAGCCGAUGAUUGAAGAAGUCGAUGAUUCGGAAGAUUCUACAACAAAUGGUGUUCCAAUCCCCGCCGCAAAAUCGAAGCAGAGCUGGUUUAUGAAGGGCAACAAGUCUCUAGACUCAGAUUCUGACGAUGCAAAAGCGACGGAAGAUUCCAAGAGGGAUUCCGAAAGUGAUUCGGAGAGUGAUUCGGAGAGCGACUCGUCAAGCGACUCCGGCAAUGCUUCUCUAGACAUUGAAUCGUCAGACGGAGAAGAAGACGGCCAGAUUAGCAAUCAUCCUGGGAUAACCGUUGUCAAUGAUGAGUCAAGCGAUGUCUCGUCAAGUGAAAGCUCUGAUGACGACAGUGACAGCAGCAGCAUAGAUGCUGAGCAGAAUGCUCAGCCUGGCCCUAAGGAUCAGGUCGAAAGCUCGUCCGAUGUGAGCAGCAGCGAGUCUAGUGAAUCGGAUUCAUCCGAGUCUGCUGAGUCUGAGUCUGAGUCCGAAUCUGAGUCCGAGUCAGAAUCAGAAUCUGAAUCUGAAUCAGAAGUGGAAGAAAUUUCGUCAAAACAACCGGUGCUGGUACCAGCUCAACAGCGUUAUGCCACGAUUCAACCACAAGUUCGGACACCUGCCAAAGUGGAAGUCACCGGCCUUACCCGAACGCAAAAGCGAAAUGCUAGAAGGAGACGCCUCAAGGCUUUGAAAGAACUGGAUCCCGAGUCACCCAAGUUGGCAGACAGCACUGGAGAAGAUGCCAUGAGCGAAGAUUUCUUGGCACGAAAGAAAGCCCUCCUGGCUGCCAUUCUUGAUGAAACUCACGAAGGUGACGAUGCACACAACGAAGCGGGGAUGGAAGAUGCUCCUUCUCUGGAUGCGGCGCCAAAAGAAGACUCGCGAGAGACUAAGACGAAUGCCCCGAAUGCAGAGGAGACAGAGGUGCCGGAUCCCAAAGUUGAGCCAGCAAAGCGCCACGCUCGUGUGGAUAUGGGUGCAGGUCGGCGACUGGUGUUUGGUGCUCUAGGCUUAAAGGCCCCAGCGAACAAAGCGGACGAGCAAAAAAUUCGCGACAGUCUGAUGAAAGAUGUUCGACCUCUUGUCAACCCACGAGUACAGGACGCCGGUGCAGACGAUGCCAACGACCAGCCGCAGGACGAUAACGAUAACGAGGAUCCGGAUGCGUGGAGGGAAAAGAUCAUCUACAAGGCCGUGGAAUGCUGCCAUGAGAACAUGACGCUUAGCGAGCCUCCGUUUCCCUUUGUCCAACGCUGGGACCCUCAGCAGAAUUAUGGUGCCAUGAAGAAACGGAAGCGCGCAUCGGAAAACUACCAAGCCGAUACAUCCUACGAUGACUCGACAUAUUACUACGACGAUGAGGCUGAGGAAGAGUACGUAGCAGAGACCAGGAAGAAGAGCAAAAAGAAGAAAGGAAAGUCUGUGAGCCUGCAACAUGGCAGCGUAAACGAGGACGAGCAAGACGUGGUACUAGACUAUGACGAAGUACCCGCCAAGAGCAGCCAGUUCACAGACGUAGACGAUCUUCCGUCUUUGCCCAAAGACGUCAAGGCGCUGCCUCUUCUAGAGCCUGCGUCCGCUCAGCCUGGCAUGGUCAUUACAUGGAAUCAACUGGUCAUGUCAAAAGCUACGAAUUGGCAACCAGAGAUGUUACCAGUUACUGGCCUGAUCGUUCCUGGGGGCGAAAACGGUGCCGUCAACGUCAUUUUGGCAAGGCGAGACCGCGAAGACAACGAAAAGACCUACGAUGAGAUCACUGGAGAGCGAAUCUACGGCAAAUUCGAGAUCCCCGACGAUCUAGAAGAGGGCGAUGAAGAAGAGGACACAGGGUUCAGGUCGCUACAGUGGGCAGAGAUGAUUGAGCCUCGCAUUCUGCAACAAGCACCCGCCGAUGAAGUGGCUCAAACAUCCGCAGAUGCCGCAGCAGCGGCCGCAGAGGAGGAGAUGCCGUCGGCCCAUGACAAGUCUGGUCAACGACUGCCGAGGCUGGACCUUUCCAUUUCUGAAGUGCAAAUAUCCACUGCCAGCAACAGCUUCGAGCACAUUGGCCACCACCACCCCAAAGUAGUAGACGCCCAAUCGGAACACGUGCUGACCGCUGCCGCCAACCCCCCAAAUGCAUAUUCUCCAAAGCUGAAUCGUUGGGUAGAGCGUGGAGACGAGACAGCUGCUGACCAAGAGGCAGAACUAGGACCUAGCCUAGCGGAUGCCGUAGCAGAAGAGGUCUCGAAUUCUGGCACGCUUGCAUCGAAGAGGACAGAGUCGUCUGAAGAUAAUGGAGGAGGAGAGGAGGAGAGAGAGGAAGAAGGACGAAACUUGGCGGACGGCGGCAAUGAGGGUGCACACGACACGAUUAUCCCCGAAACAUUGCCACAACUACGCGAAACCACACCAAUAGAGAGUCACUCAAAGUCUCAGAGCACACCGUCCAGCCCCGCUAGCAGCAGCUCGUUUCCAUCGCUGGAGCAGAUAUUCAUGUCAGCUCAGCCCACACAAAGUUCCGGGAGAAAGAGAGAGACGCCUUCGUUUUCAGCGAGUCAAUCUGUGCCUGCACGGGAUGCGGAAUACGAAGAAGCGAUGCGCAAGCUUGACGAGGGACAUGAAUCGGAUACUGUGCCCGCGAAGGAAGAGCCAGAGGAAGAAGCAGUAGUGGAGAGAAAACUUUUUCCUAACGCGACGCAACCAUCGUUACCCGCACACCACUUGGAUCAAGACCUUCCUACACCGCGGAUUUCUCUUUCUCAAUCUGAAAAGGCCAAAGAGAGCAAGUCACAAUUUGCUAUUCCGGCGGGAAGUCAGAUUAUCGUCUUGAGCUCCAGCCCAGCCUCGAGCAACGGUGUGCCUGAUGAGGACAAUGGAACAGACAGUGAGAAGGGGAAACCGACGCGGAAGCGAGGCUUGCUGCCUACGGGCCCUGGAUGGCUCCAUCUAGAACCAGUCGGCGAAGGAGGUUAA